UGAUGUGUAUAGCGGCUCGUCUGUCUGGCUUUCGAACAUGAGAUUUUUAUUUUCUUGCGAAUCCUAGAAGUGUAUGGAAGUGUUGACACGACAAGCCAUCCAGUAACACUCCUACGUGCAUAUGCAAGAUGUCAAAUUCAGAUGAACAUUCUCCAUUACUCUCAGAGAACAAUGAUCGCCUUUCCACGUCUCAUGGGCCCAGCAGUAACUCUUCUGUUAGCAGUCAGACUAUGGGAUGUGCCCGAAAGUUCCUGGUAGUCAUUUGCAUUCUUGUAACAGAGCUAUGUGAGCGCCUCACCUUCUAUGGUGUGACAGCAAAUCUACUGUUGUUCAGCAGCAAUGAGUUAAAUCUUCAUCCUCCUUGGCCAUCAGUUGUCAGUUAUUUGUUUACAGGAACAUGCUAUCUUGUUCCCCUUCUGGCGGGAUGGCUGGCCGACACGUACACGGGCCGGUUCAACAUGAUUUAUGGAAGCUCUUUGCUCUAUGUUGUGGGAACUCUUCUCCUGGCUGCAGUUUCCAUGGGGAAUGAUAUGAUUCAUACAUUAUUUCAUACCAAAGCCACUCAUAAUGAAACAAUGAGACUGAUAUACUUCGGACUGGCCCUGCUAAUGAUCGCAUUCGGCACAGGAGGAAUCAAGGCCAAUGUCUCACCGUUUGGAGCAGACCAAGUUAGACAGAAUGGACAAAGGGCUGUUCAAACAUUCUUCAACUGGUUUUACUUUUUUAUCAAUGUUGGAUCUUUAGUAGCCUUUACAGUGGUUGUGGCAGUACAACAAUCAGAUGUGUUUUAUGGUUAUUGCAUCACAGCUGGUUCAAUGUUUCUUGCUGUAAUUGUGUUUCUUGUUGGUCGUAACCAAUACUUAACCAAACCGCCAGGAGGCAGCCAACUCACUGAAACAGCAAAAAUAAUCUGUGAAGCAGUGCGAAAUCGAAAGCAGAAUGCAGGGACCUGGCUGGAGGGGGCAAAGAGGAGAUAUGGAGGGAAGUUCAGUGAGGAAGAAGUUGAAGAUGUCAAGGCACUGUUGAGAGUUAUUGCUAUCUUUGGUCUGUUCAUUGUUUACUGGACAAUCUACACACAGAUGCAGACAACAUUCCUCAUUCAAGCAACCUUCAUGAGACUAGAAUUUCACAACUUUACAAUUCCAGCGGCAUCCUUGUCACUUUUCGAUAUCGUUGCUGUGCUUGUGUUGAUUCCCAUUAUGGAUCAUGUUGUUUAUCCUCUUGUUAGCUACUGUGGCAUUAGUUUUACUCCUCUGCGGCGUAUCGGUGUUGGAAUGCUGUUAGCAUCUGCAUCUGUCAUUGUGGCUGGAGUGGUUGAGAUACAACGAAGGAAUACAUGGAUAGAUGGCGGGUUUUGUAUACAAACAGUGUUUGACGAAAGCCGCAAUGCUUCAAGUGUAAAUGUUUUUUGGCAAAUCCCACAGUUUAUGUUAGUUGGAUCCAGUGAGGUCCUUAUGGUUAUCACAGGACUUGAGUUUGCCUAUUCCCAAGCCCCCCAGAGUCUUCAAGGACUGGUGAUGGGUGCUUUUCUUGUCACAAGUGCACUUGGAAGCUAUGUGGCAAUUGUUCUUGUUAUCAUAGUUAGAGCGGCUAGCAACAGUGAUUGGUAUCCAAGUGAAGAUCCCAAUCAUGGACACAUGGAAUAUUUCUACUUCCUGUUGUCUGGAUUAAUGGUGAUCAAUUUUGUUGUUUUUCUGUACAUUGCUUCCUCAUACAAGUACAAGACUGUGCCCAAGAGAACAAAAGAGACUGCAAAAGACUUGGACACAGGCCAACCAGCUGAUGGUGAUCCAUCUGUGUAAUGGGGACAAGACAUGCCAGUGGAGAGGUAUCUCAACUGGAACAUACAGGAUUUUGUACUGUGGAGAAAGCUAUUAUUAAUGACAUGCAGUACCACAGUUUUUCAUUGAAUCUUUAGGUACUCUUCAUAUAUACAUGUACAGUAGAAUCCUAAUUUUUCGAACCUCUAGGGGAAAUGAAAAUUGGUUUGA